UCUUUCAUUCAUUUGAAUCAGAAACACGUGACGAAACCAACAGCUGGUGCCUUCCAUCGUUUGGUACAGUUUACUUCAGUUAAGCACAGGAAAGGAACAAACCUGUUUUCCUUUUGUAGAUUUCUUAAAAUGAUGCCCAGAAGUAAAAAUUAAAGUCAGAUCUUAAUGUCACGAGGAAGUAAAUCUGUGUUUCACUUCAUCAGCUGAGAAUAAACACAGACACUGAGAUGACGGUUCUGUCAUCUGGUUCUGAGUUUUUUUUUUUUUUGAGUUUCCUGGUUGUUCAGCCAAAUGUUCAGCAAACAGCAGCGCUCAGAUCUUCACAUUAAAGUAUUUUAACCUUUAAAGAUUAACAGAGUGACCAAUGAUCCCACUGAGCAGAACCAGGACACAGUGGAAAGGAACCGCCAGCAGAACCAGAACCGGGCCCAGGGGGUCGUGUGACUUACCUCAGUUAAAGUGAUGGAAAGAUGCUGAAGGUGGUCUGUUAUACUUUUAUCUGCUGACAUAUAACACACCUCGAGGCCAGAGGAGCCUUUGAUUUACAUGGUUUAUCUAGAAGUAAAACAACUGUGAGAUUAUUUUCGUCCUGCAUGAGGAUGAAGUGCAGCGAUUAAAAAAGUGCAUAAUUAGAUUGGCUGAGGUCAUCCAUGGAGUUUAUCUGUUGACAGGAAGUGCAGCCACUCCAGCUUCCUCUGGCCUCCUCACCCACCGCCUCCCUCUUCCUCGGCCUUGGGAGGUCAGGAGUUAUUGCAGGGGGUGGAGGUGCACUGAACCUGUUCAUCAUCUGCCCCCUGGUGGCUGGAAACGGUCACAACAGCUGCUCUACGACGGGAAGGCCAGCGGUUCAGACCUAGUGUUUAGACACCACUGUGUCUGUAUGAACAGAACAACCAGUGCUCGUGUGAUCUAAUAACUGGGACUAUCACAUCCUCCCCAGCAGCGAUUCUUUGAGGACUGGGACGUGACGGACCUUGAACCCUGGCCGAGCUUUUCACGUCUAAGUUUAGCCGACUUCACCCACCAACAGGGACGCUGAGUGACAGACUUCCUGCUCUGCUGGUCCCAUUCAUUCAGAUGUUGCUGGGGAGAAGGAGCCUCCACCCAGUUCACCCAGUCUCACACGCCUCCUGCUAUUCGGCUGAUUCCCACAGGAACGUUCUGGUUCCAGUCGUCUCUACUGGUGGAUCUGUGCCAGUCGCUUUUGAAAAAACAGCUGUUUACUGGAGGUUCAGCUCAUUGUUACACUGAAUUUUAUCUUUAGCUUUUAAUAUUAUCUUUAAUUGUUGAUGAGCUGAGCUCCUGUCUAUUUUCUGUUAUUUAUUUCUGCUUUUUAAUAUAUUUGUAAUUAAUUUGUACAGUUCCUCUGUUUUUGUCUAUAAUGUUAUGUGUAUUUUAUGUCUGGAAAGUUGGGACCUAUUAAAUGCCCACAGACCAGAUCCCGAUGUAGGUGUGAGCGGGGACGUCUCCAGAACCCGGGCCUGUGGGCGGGUCGGGGUCUGAGGUGUGAGGUCUCGUAACUCCUCCGAGGACUCGGCCAAUCAGGAGCCUGUGGGGGCAGAAAGCCGGUAUGUUCCACUUGGAUACGAACGUACACACGACUCCGGACGACAAGACAGAACCACUUACAGACUGGAUGUCGGCUUAACUCGGGUCGGGACAGGACCGAUCGACUCUGUGUCAGGUUUCAUCAGAACCAUGGCCCGACCCCAGAUCAGCCCCGACGCGCCGCUGGGCCUGAGCGCGGGAUCCGAGCUCUCCUUGCUCCACUGCCAGGAGGAAAAGACAGAGACUCUGGUCCCACAGCUGAGCCGGGUGAUGCAGCAUGGCACCGCCCAACACAUGGUCCCGGCCGGUCCAGAACAGUCCGAGGAGGACUCGCGUGUCUGCAUUGUGGCACAGGCUGAGAGUGAAGACUUCCAGGAGUUCAGCCCCACCAGCACACGGGGCCCCUGCUGCUCCCGGCUGCUCAGGGCUCGUGUGGAGGGCGCUGCCCACAGCAGUGACUCAGAGGGGGAGGAUUUCAUCACACUUCACGUGCAGCCUCAGAGGAAGCAGCGCAGGAAGAGCAGACGGCGACGGAGCGAGGGCGAAGGGGAGGAGCCUCCCAUGAUCCGCGGCCUGUGGGUGCAGGAGAUCGACUGGCUGAGACCUGCACAGAGGGAGGCCCCGGGCCCUCUGUCUGCAGACGCGGACGCCGCAGGAGGCUCAGACUCGGACCAGGACCAGGACCAGGACUCUGCAUCCACGCGCUCUCACGGAAGCGACUCGGACUCUUCCUGCUGCGCAGAGGACGACGCGGACGAUGAUUCACCCUUUGACCUGAUGCACGUCUCUGACUUUAAGCCGUGGUCCUGGACAGGAAGUGAGCGGAGCAUGCUGGGACUGUGCCUCAACGCCCCCUGGGGUUUUGAUGGUGCGACGCAUGUUGUGGACGAGCUCAGGGGCAAAGUGACGCACGUGCCCAAGCUGAUGGCGCCCCCCUUCUUCAGAGAUUUGAUGAAACGCACCUGGAAAAGCAGAGAGCACGUCAGCGAAGGGCUUCUGUUCCAUCCGCAGCUGCAGCCCGUCGCCUCUCAGUACAGGGAGGGGGCGGAGUACAGCGUCCUGCACCACAUCCAGAACGGCUCCUACGGGGACGUGUUCAGUGUUCGGGACAAACGGACGGGAUUCCAAUGUGCUGCCAAGCGGAUUCCACUCAUCCACUUCAGCAGCGAGGAGGUGAGCUCGUGGAGCGCGCUGACGUCUCCUCGGGUGGUGGAGCUGUUUGGGGCCGUGAAGCAGGGCGUCAGUGUGGUGCUCUUCAUGGACCUGAAGCCAGCAUGUUUGGCUCAGCUCCUGAAGGACAUGAAGGCCCUGCCGGAGGAUCUGGCCCUGCAUUACCUGCACCAGACACUGGGGGCGCUGGAGCACCUGCACCGCAGAAGAGUUCUCCACCUGGAUAUUAAAGCUGACAACGUUCUGCUGUCUGCAGACUGCACACACACAUUCCUCUGUGACUUCGGCCUCUCUGAGACGUUGGACUCUGACGCUGGCGGCACCAAGGCCUUCAGGGGAGCUGCGUUCCCCGGCACAGAGACCCACAUGGCCCCUGAGGUGGCGCGAGGGGACCCGCUGUGCACCAAGGCCGACGUGUGGAGCAGCUGCUGCAUGCUGCUGCACAUGCUCAACGGAUGCCACCCGUGGAUCCGCUACUACUCUCACCCCCUGUGCCUGCAGAUCGUCAACGAGCCGCCGCCUCUGUGGGAGGUGCCGUCCAGUUGUAACAACUUCACAGCCCAGGUGUUCAGGGCCGGACUCCGGAAGGACCCCGACAGACGGGCGUCCGCCCGGGAGCUCCGGAGGAAAACCACCAAGGCCCUCCGAGCAGUGGGAGGCCUCAGGCCCUGGUCCGUCAAAGCUGCCUGUGAGACGCUGUAUCGCAGCAAACUCCGGGCGGAGGACGGUCCCUGCUCCUCGUCCACGGGCAUCACCUCCAGGAGGCCUUCAGACGCCGGCUCAGCCCCUGUGAUGUACUGGGUGAGCCCAUGGAGAACCACGGCGGCCGAGGAGGACUGGGAGGACACGGGCUCAGACCACGACUCUGAAGUGCUGGGUUCUCUAACUAGGGAGGGGGACUCUCAGCCCCGAUCUCUGCGCGAUGACUGCACCGAGGACAAGAUCAGCUGGGGCUCUGGGUCCGACCCUGAGGUCGACAUGUACUUAGGAGAGGACGAGUUCCUUCAGAAGUGGCUGAAGACUGACGGGGACUACGAAGGGGACUGGGAGGAGGAGGAGGAGGAGGAAGAUGAGGACUGGGACUCCUCCUCCACAGAACACACCUGUGCUCUCACAGGACUUUUCCCUCUGUUGCAGAAAGGCCAAGAGACAAAUGACAGUUCAUGGGGGUCAGAACCAGAACUGGAGCACCUCCGACAUGACGUUCCUGCAGGCACCACGUUCCAGACUCUGUCCCCUGAACCUCGGGACGACCCCCCGUCGUGUUUCAGCUGCUCAGAGUCGUCGCCCAUCGACGCCUCAGACAAGGACUCUGAUCAUUCGUCUGACGACAUGAGCUCUGGAGUCUUCUCCUCGUGUCCCGACGGACGCCUGGAGUGGUUGGCCUCAGCCAGUCAGCUGCCCUCUCACUGCUUCCAAGGCAUUGACAUCUGGAUCGAGAACAUCCAAGGCGAGUGUCUGAGGAUCCGAGAAAGCCGACAGGUCAAAGUGGGUCAUGUCGCUGUGGGAAUCAGUGAUCAGCUCUCGGGGAGAACCUUCACUCUGGAGACGGUGGACAGGAAGACGGUGUCCUUUGACCAGCAGAUCACAGAGUCCGGGCUGUGGCUGCGCUGCGUCCCUGCUCCUGACAGAUGUCAGCGCUGGAGGUGGAGAAUCAGAGACGGAGAGCUGGAGCUUCGAGAGUGACGCCAACGCUUCUGUUGCAGUUGUUAUGUUUGUGUUGAUAAAAAGCUUUUUCACCUACCACACAAUGACUUUGUUAUUGUGAAGGAAUCAGCUUUGUUGGUUUGAUGUUGACAGAAACAAAGACUCUGAUUUGUUUCUAGUGGAUCUCAGUGAACUGCUCAGCUUAGAAAUGGGCUGAAAACAUCAAUGAAGCUACAUUUUGUUUCACAUCGUUGUUGUGUGGCCUGACUUUAGAAAACUUAUGAUGUCAUAAUGUGAUAUGAUCCCUGGAGACUGUAAUACUUGAACAUUACCUGGUUUUUUUAUAUUAAUAAAAAAUAGAGAGAGA